CAGCUUUCUGACUGUGUCAACAGCUGAGCGCGACUCCCGUUUCACGGGUCAAAGGUCAUAGGCGUCCCAAGCCGAACCAGACACGGAGUGAGAACAUUUGUUUGGUGUCGUUGAUAAGCAGCUUAUAGUUUACGUUUCCCCACAUUGCUAAAAAAUCACGGCGAACAUGAUGACGACCACACUGGACGAUGAAGAGGACUUGGAUCCGAGAAUACAGGUGGAAUUGGAUCAUUUAAAUCAAUACAGUGGUGAAAUAAACCGGCUAGAAAAUGAAAUUGAUGAAGCUCAGGCACAGUACAGGGCGAUGUUCACCGAGUCGUCCAAGAACAUGGAACAGAUGGGCAGGAAGAUCAAGAAACGGAUACAGCGAGCACGGCAAUACUACGAGAUCAAAGAGGCGGCCGUCGUGGCGCAGAGCGAGGUUCUUCGGUCUGCGAGACAGUUCCAGACGGCCAUUGGUGUUUACAGAGCUGCGAAAGAAACAAUCGCAUUGGCUGAGCUGAAGCUGAUUGACAGCCAAGGGAACCAAUCAUCGGCAGCUAUGCUGUCCACGGCAUGGCAGGAAAUGCUAAACCACGCCUACAUUCGGGUGAUGGAAGCAGAGAAAGAGAAAUCAUUAAGUGAGCAAGAACAUUUGAAGCGUUCACAGGUGUUUGUUGAGCUGGAGUCUAAACUACAAACACUGGAGAAAAAGUUUAAAUCGUCCAUAGCUAAAGCCAGGCCAUAUUUUGAAAUGAAGGCCAAGUGCGAACUAAAACUGAAGCAACAGAAGCAGAAUGUGAGCGAUUUACAACAGGCCAUCACGUCUACCAAACGGAAGUACGCAGACGCCUUGAGCCGCCUGGAGAAGAUCUCUGAGGAAAUCCACGAGUCUCGACGCCAGACGAUACUGCUCAUGUUCCCGCGCGAACCGGGUGUAGGGGCGGACAGCGACAGUCUGUGUUCCAGUAUAACUGAAUCAGGCAUAGAAAAGGGACUGUUUCCGUCACUGACAAAAUCAGCAUCAGGAGAUGAUGUGAGCCACAACACUGAUUCCUGUUCAGUGACUUCUGAUCAGGAUGAGGAUGCGGUGUUCCACGUUACGGAAAAUACACCCGACCCCUGCGCCUGUCCAGCGAUCGACACGGAUAACUCUAAAUCUGGGACUACUACCAGGAACAAUGUGUCUUGGGUCCAGUCUUCAAAAGACUCUACAGACACCGUGUCAUUGGGCAUGAGAUCUUCUGGAAGUGGGUCCAGUGUUCAGGAAAAAGUACCAACAGAUUUACUGGCUGAUCCAGUAGCAGACGAUUCAACAAGUAUAUCGUCUGCUUCUGUUACAGACGACACUAAUCACUGUGUGGAUCCAGACGUACGCGCGUCUUCUCCUGCAGAAACAAGUACUGAUACCGAAAAUAAUGAGCAUGGUGAAGUGCCUCUGUCUGAGGGACGCGAACCAGGCAAUAGUUCGGACACUAAACAAAUAUCAGAAGACACUGUGUCUACACGAUUGGAAUCUUCCGAAAGUGCAAUAAUUGUUCAGGAAAAAGAAUCCGAAGAUUCAGAGAUUCGUCCAGUUACAGACGUCACCACGUCUGCUUCCAUAACGAAAGACUCAGCUCCUUCGAUGUGCACGCCAUCUAUUGUUGUGACAAACACUGACGAACAAAAUGAUGUACCAAGUGAGGUAUCUUUAUCACAGAAACGCGAACCGGGAAGCGGUUCGGAAAGUCAACCUGUGUGUACAGAAACUUGUGACGAAUCAGCGCUCACGGCAAAAAUAGAAAUCACAGAAGAACAGAAUCUAGACAUUGUCGUUAAAGAGUGUGAAACAGAAACUGGGCCUGCGUUUCAGAGCAGCGAACACGUGUGUAGUUAAUGUGACAUGGAAGGUCACUUGAAUCGUGUAGUUAACGUGCGUAUUCAAAUGUGAAACUGUGAUAUUUUGAAAUGUGCGAAGGUGUGUCAACACGAUGCAACAUGUGUUUACGAUUUCUAUCAUACGCUAUACACGUAGAUGUUUUGCGCAGACGCUAUUGAAGGACAUGCUGCCCUUGAAUAAAUACGAAUCGCAUAUCAAGUUCGAUACAUCCACGGAUGCGUACCUCAGCCUUUUUUCUUUGUUAUUUUAGAAUUGUAUUAGGGCUAAAUAUAGCGAACCAUGGCUUCGCAAGUAUCCCAUCCCUGGCUCUGGUGGCUCUGAAUCGUGUGGAUUUAUGUUAGUUGUACAAGUCGUGAAGGUUUCAAAGCAACUGGAUAAUAUUUUAACUCUACUGACUAAUCUUAAGCUCUGGACCAAUCAAACUACAUGCCAAAAUCGUUAGUACAAUUGCGCUAUAUGUAAACGGUUCUUAUGAUAAUUUCAAGACACCCCCCCCCCCCCCCCCCCCCCCACACCACACACACACAUGCAUGGGGAUAUGGGUGAUUACUGACAUUCUUGUCAUAACAUCCUAUACUACAAUUACAUAAUUUGGCAGUAUAUGCAUUUAAAACUUACUACAGAUCCGGUUCUUAUAACUCGAUUUCACGGACUCCCCACAGACACGCACAUUUUAUUUAAGACAGUAAAAUAAAUCGGUGUAUUUAUUAUGUAUUUUCUUCCACUGAACACGUGCAUGACGGUCCGCAGCGGUCAACACAAGUUCUAUGCCCUAACUGUUUAGAACAUCUACUUUCGUAUGUCCGUAACACGUGCGUAUAUAUAUAUAUAUAUAUAUAUAUAUAUAUAUAUAUAUAUAUAUAUAUAUAUAUAUGUUUGCGUGGAAGCGAUGAAUCGUGGCAAUAUUCAAAUCUCCUAUAUACGCCUGGUGGAAUCGUUUCUGGAAUAACCCUAAAUAGUUUAACUAAAAGUGAAUGAUAUCAUAUUGAAAGGAAAUUCGUGUGUUGUUAACGAUUAAUAAAGGAUACACAAGGAAGCACUGCUAUACUUAGGUCAAGUGUACUGUAGCCCAGCCCUGAUUUUAAGCUGAGUCAGGGCUAGAGUCCGUUUGGUGUUAAAAACUGUCAAUUUUGAAAUUUCAGACGACUAAAGAGUCGUUAAGUACUGUAUCUAAAUUACACAUAAAUGCAGUUUCUUAAAGGGACAUACCCUAGUUUUUAGACACUAAGGCAUAUUUUUUACUAUUAGAGCCGUUUCUGAUAACUGAAAUCAUACUUUACUUAGAUUUCAUUGUUUAGAUUAUCAAUUUCCGUACA